AAAAUCUCUUUGUUCUCUUACCCAGUUCCUCCCAGUCGUCAGACAGCAGUAAGAAGCAGAGGUUAACAACUACAGCAACGACAGGAAACGGAGCAGACACACAGAACAGGAGCAUGGAGCAGGAGGAGAACCAGGGGGAGCUGAAGAUCAAAAACAAUCCCCAACCUGACAGCCAAGGCCCCCCCAGCUGCCCUGGGCUCCGGUCAAGGCGUGUUACACCUGCCGUCAGCGGCCGUGUGCGUCGGCGUUUUACCAGGACUCUGGGUUAUUCCGGCAGCAGCGACUCUGACAGCAGUUCGGACAGCGAAGGUAGCGUGGACGCAAUCAUGUUGCCGUACCCCCGGCACAGUAGGGCCUACAGAUAGACAUAAGACAGACAGACAGACACACACACACACACACACACACACACACACACACACACACAAUAUAUAUAUACAAAAUGCACUAAGUGAGUCCUUGUACACGUGUACGGACAUUCACAUAAACCUUUUUGCGUUCUCUCUCUUUUGAAUCUGAGAUUACCAGGCAACGUGAAGUUUGCAUGCCUUCAGAAUGGCUAGCAAAGAGAAAAGUUAUCCCACACAAAACACACACACACACACACACACACAACAGAGCCAACAGAAGUGUACCUAAAAAGUACAUGUUUAGUAGUUGCUUUCCCUAUUAGGUAUAACACUGGCAGCACACACACCCAGAAAAAAAGGUCAGUAUUCCUGUGUUUUCACAGCUGUGAGUUGAACUGUUGCUCUUUGUCAUCAAAGUUCAGCCGAGUAAUAUAAUCUUAAGAACCAGUACAUUAAGACCAAUUUAAAUUCUACUCUGAACUAAAUCUGUGUAUCUAUUUGUGAUUUUCUGCUAUUGUGGCACUCAAACAUGAUACCUCGACCCUUCCUUCCCUCA